AUGACGAUGGUAGCGGCGGCGGCUGCUAGCGACUCGGAGCACUACCCCAGCCGGCUCAUCGUUGAGAAAGGCCCUGGUGCCCCCCAUUUUCUCGCCCGCAUCAGUCUCGGCAGCGCGCCAUUCCCUCACGAUACCUCCCUUCCCUUUGAGCGCGCUCGCGUCGCGACGGCUGUUGGCAAACUGCACCCCAUCGUUGGAAUCUUUGACGCCCAAAUUCGAAGCGCGCUUCUCCACCUCCUCGCCGAUAUCGAGUGGUCCUACCUCACCGUUCUCCGCCUUGGCUUUCAUGGCCAGCUCCCAGAAGACUGCCCUGUCACCGUUGUGAUCGCAGUGCCGCCGUCUGCUAUCACGGUGGAUGAUGCCGUCGGCCUGUUGCGGGAUGCUGCUGAUUGUGUCUAUCGUUUCUCGGAGCUCCACGAUCUUGCGAUAGAAAUAAUCGAGGCGCAAGCAGUUUCGCAUGUUGAGGCGCCGUCCAGCGCUUGGCCUCUCGGUUAUGCCUUCGAAGAUGGCUUUUGCGACAGUCCUCUCCUGGGUGCCGGUCUCGGUCGAGAGAACUCCCCCGCAUCUGGCACCUUAGGCGGUUAUCUUCGCAUCCGCGCCUCUUCUGCUACUCCAGGGCAGGACAAGACCAUGGUUCAAACAUUCCAAAACCUCUCAAGCGCGCUUAACGACGCGGCUAUUCUCCAUUUUCUUCAUUUCGAGAAUGACUCGAAGGCUCUCAUGAAUCAUGGCGGCGUUUUAUCUCUCGAUGAACUAGAAGCAAGAUUCAAGGGCAACAAUCACGCCGAAACUGACACCGCUGCGAUCACGGCCACUCCUGCUACCAAUAAAGAUAGCCGUGCUGAGGACACGGUCAACAAAUGCGUAGUAUUCAAAUGCGGACGAACCACGGGGAAGACACGUGGCGAAAUGAACAACAUCUACGCAGACGUUCGCAUGCGCUACGCAGUCGACGGCGGGGAUGUCCUGACCGUACAGGGGAAGACACUGGUCGUUGUCUCGCCAGCAGCCACCUCUCGUCGGUGGGGCCCCGCGAACGGCUGUCCCGUUGUCUUUGGCGACUAUGGCGACUCGGGAAGUCUCGUCUUCGACUACCAGGGGAAGGCCAUCGGUACAUAUAUCGGAGGCCAGGAUACACUCCGCGCUUGUGCCGUGAACUCACACAUCAAAGCCUCUUCCAUCGAUGGCGUUCACUUCGUCACGCCCAUCGGCCCGACUCUUGACAGUGUCCAUGCUACUCUCCGUCGCGAUCCUGUGUUUGCUGGCUAUGAUCGGGUCGAAGUCGAGCUAAUGUAG